AUGCCUGGUUUCAUCCCCAAGAAGUUCCCCGGCAAACUAGCCGAGCCUAUGGUUCCUUUCUACGCUGCCGGUAUCCUCGUCCUGUGGGCGGUCAACGCCGGUGCCAACGCCAUGAUGGCAUCGGACGAGUACAAGAAUGACCCCCGAAACCCUAACGCAAAGGCCGACUCGAAACCUGCGCAUUAA